GACUCGCGGGCUGCGGGAAGGAGCCGCCGCGGUCGCCCCACGCGCGCGAGCGCGCGGGGGAGGUCGUUCUCCUUGCGUCCUCCUGGCAGCGGGAAGGAAGGGGCGGCGGCCGGAGCACGAGUGGACGGCUUGAGGUGAGAGCCCGGCCGGCCCCACUGGGAAUAUGGCGACCGGUGGCUACCGGACCGGCGGCGGCCUCGGCGGAGGCAGCACCACAGACUUCCUGGAGGAGUGGAAGGCCAAGCGCGAGAAGAUGCGCGCCAAGCAGAAUCCCCCGGGCCCGCUGGUGCCGGGCGGGGGCAGCGGCGACGCGGCCGGGAAGCCCCCGACGGGGACCCUGGCCACCUCGGUGGUGGCCGCGGCGACCGGCGAGCUCAACAACAACAACAACGUCGUCCUGGUCCCGGGCGGCUCGGCCGCACCUGCCGCCCCCGGCCCCUCGGGCCCGGCCAUCAGGGCGACCCCCGGCUCGCGGCGCCCCGAGGACGAGCCCCCCGGCCCCUCGGCCGUGCCCGCCUCUGCCGCCGGCGCCUCGGGCGAGGAGGAGCCCGACGGUGCCCUCGAGAAGGGCAAGAGUUCGGGCCCCAGUGCCCGCAAAGGCAAAGGGCAGAUCGAGAAGAGAAAGCUGCGGGAGAAGCGGCGCUCCACCGGCGUGGUCAACAUCCCCGCGGCGGAGUGCUUAGAUGAGUAUGAAGACGAUGAAGCAGGACAGAAGGAGCGGAAGCGAGAGGAUGCAAUCACCCAGCAGAACACAAUGCAGAAUGAAGCUGUGAGCCUCCUGGAGCCAGGCAGUUCCCAUCUGCUGCAGGAACCAUCGAGAACCGUUUCAGGCAGGUACAAAAGUACAACUGCUGCGUCUGAAGAAGAUGUAUCAAGUCGAUAUCCCCGAACAGAAAGGAGUGGCUUCAGAUACAGCAGGGACGGAAAUGCUUCAGGUACUCUGGUGUCCAAUAGCACCUUGGAGAAGAAAAUUGAAGAUCUUGAAAAGGAAGUGCUAAGAGAAAGGCAAGAAAACCUAAGACUUGUGAGGCUGAUGCAAGAUAAAGAAGAAAUGAUUGGAAAACUUAAAGAAGAAAUUGAUUUGUUAAAUAGAGAUCUGGAUGACAUAGAAGAUGAAAAUGAACAAUUAAAGCAGGAAAAUAAAACUCUUUUGAAAGUUGUUGGGCAGCUGACAAGGUAGAAGAUGCAAGGUUCAAUGUGGAAAAUAUUUUAAAACUACUGAUUGAAUGUUAAUUCCAAUGCUAGGACUGUAUUCCUGUGCUGCAAUACAUUAAGAUACUAAAUAUGUAUAUUUAUUUCUAAAAAUAUUGAUGGAUGUUUAUUUUUAGGAUACUUCUUUUUCCUUACUAGUUUCAGAAAAACUAUCAGCCUUUUAUUUCGCAGGUAGCAUCUUUCAGUUAUCAAAGUGAUAGGCAAUGCCUCUUUUGGUUUUAUGUGGUAUUGAAAUAAGCCAUGGCUGAAAGUCACAACCAUCUGAGUUAUUUUGUCUAUGAUAGUGCAUUUUCUCCUAAAGGAUAUAUACAUAGUCUUUGUUUACAUGAAUUUAAAUACUUUUGGGGAAUUACCUACAAAUGCCUUAUUACUAACGUGUGCGGCCUUGUACUUGUUGAUGACUUACAGAGGUAUUUAGUCUGCUGUCAUUUGUUCUUUCCACUUAUGCUAAAUGAUCUGCAGUAAUAGAGUUAGACUAUUUUGUAUAAUGUAAUCUGUUAAAAUGGAAAGCUGUUGUAAAGUCAGUUGAUAGCAUGUUCUAGUUGGCUAAAUAUAAAUCCAAGAAAAUACUUGAAUUGUGCUAUAUAUAGAGUAAGUGAAAAUUUACUAUUUUGUGUUGAGUAUUGGAAAAGAUUUUAAAUCAUUUUAGCUUCUGAAAAAGUACAAUUGUUAUUGUAGUGUAAAAUUUCUUAUGUAGGUACUAGUUUUUUAUUGUUUCAAGGUUUAUUAGUGAAUAUGGCAUAUUUAAGACGUCAUUUAUUCUCUGGCCUUGAAAAUAUGUACAAUUUCAUUGUAUAAGAAUAAAAUCCAUAUAUCAU